AUGCCGUCACCUUCCUUUACCUCUGGAGUAGAUUCUGACUGUCCUUCCAAGGUUCUCUUUCUUUGUGGGCUGCUCUCGCGGGCUCUUCUCUUCUCUAGCCUUCAGGUAACUCUCCCUGACGAUGUCGACUUAACCACGCCUCAUGUCGAGACAACUACACCGUCGCCACCGCUCUCAGUCGUGGUGGAAGCAACCACAACGACGGCAAGACCAACUCUUCGCCACCUGGUUCCGUUUGUUGAUCUGUCAGACAUGAGUGUCAGGGUUCUGGACACAAAUGAAGGUCGUCUGCUGUCGGAUGCGCGCAUUGAAGGUGGCUACUUGCUUCUGGGUAACGGCAGCUCGAUUUUACUGCAAGAUGUGCCAGGAGUCUUCCCCUCUGAAAGCGUCGCCGCAAAUGCCAUCCUUUCUGUCGACUUGCAACGUGGCACCACAAAUCUGGUUGAUAUGGAGUCCGGUGAAGUGCUCGUAUCAAAGGACUCUUCAGAGGGCAUCGACUUGGACACCAUAAGUAGUCUUGGCGAAGGGGUUUUAUUUGAACUUGCUCUUGAUGACGUACUCAUCCACGUCGACACCUACAACGGACGUUGGUCGGUUCAGGACGCAAGAACUGGUGAAGUAAGCCUAGUCCAGGAAGUGCGAGACGGCGUUCUCUACUUGGCAAAUGGUAAACAGGUGAAGUUGCAAACUUCUGGGUCGAAACAGCUGCUUGCAGUGAACGCGCAAACUGGUAUUGUGCGGAAAUUUGACCCUGAAACUGGAGAAAUUGGUUCGCCAUAUCAACCGGAACACGUGGAUAUGGAGGUGACCCCACAUCCAGUCGAUGAUGACCUUGUUACGGAACCAGAAGUCUCUGAACCACCAAUAGUUGUAGACCAGGAUUCCACUGACGGCGACGUUGUCACCGAACCAGAAGUGACUGAGUCACCAAUAGUUGAAGACCAGGAUUCC